GCGAGUUUCCUUGCGCUCGCGGGGAGCGCGCGAGGGGUGCCCCCAUGGCGGGGACUCCGGGCCGCGAUCCUCGGGGCCCCGCGGGGAUUUGUUACCUUCUGGGCACCCUGCUCGCCGGAUUGCUCUCCCCCGGGGUCGUCGCCUUCAAUCUGGAUGUGAUGGGCGCGCUGCGCAAGGAGGGCGAGCCGGGGAGCCUCUUCGGCUUCUCGGUGGCCCUGCACCGGCAGCUACAGCCCCGGCCCCAGAGCUGGCUGCUGGUGGGCGCUCCCCAGGCCCUGGCUCUGCCUGGGCAGCAGGCGAACCGCACUGGAGGCCUCUUCGCUUGCCCCUUGAGCCUGGAGGAGACUGACUGCUACAGAGUGGACAUUGACCAGGGAGCUGAUGUGCAGAAGGAGAGCAAGGAGAACCAGUGGUUGGGAGUUAGUGUUCGGAGCCAGGGUCCUGGGGGCAAGAUUGUUACCUGUGCACACAGAUAUGAGGCCAGGCAGCGAGUGGACCAAAUCCUGGAGACGAGGGACGUGAUCGGUCGCUGCUUUGUGCUAAGCCAGGACCUGGCCGUCCGCGAUGAGUUGGAUGGUGGCGAGUGGAAGUUCUGUGAGGGGCGCCCCCAGGGCCACGAUCAAUUUGGGUUCUGCCAGCAGGGCGCAGCCGCUGCCUUCUCCCCUGACAGCCACUACCUCCUCUUUGGGGCCCCAGGAACCUAUAACUGGAAGGGGUUGCUCUUUGUGACCAACAUUGAUAGCUCAGACCCCGACCAGCUGGUGUAUAAAACUUUGGACCCCGCUGACCGGCUCCCAGGACCAGCCGGAGACUUGGCCCUGAAUAGCUACUUAGGUUUCUCCAUCGAUUCGGGGAAGAGUCUGGUGCGUGCCGAGGAACUGAGCUUCGUGGCAGGGGCCCCCCGUGCAAACCACAAGGGGGCUGUGGUCAUUCUGCGCAAAGACAGUGCCAGUCGCCUGGUGCCCGAAGUUAUGCUGUCAGGGGAGCGCCUGACCUCCGGCUUUGGCUACUCGCUGGCCGUGGCUGAUCUCAACAACGACGGUUGGGCAGACCUGGUAGUGGGUGCCCCCUACUUCUUUGAGCGCCAAGAAGAGCUGGGGGGUGCCGUGUAUGUGUACAUGAACCAGGGGGGUCACUGGGCUGAGGUCUCCCCGCUUCGGCUCUGUGGCUCCCCCGACUCCAUGUUUGGGAUCAGCCUGGCUGUCCUCGGGGACCUCAACCACGAUGGCUUCCCAGAUAUCGCAGUGGGCGCUCCCUUUGAUGGGGAUGGGAAAGUCUUCAUCUACCACGGGAGCAGCCUGGGGGUUGUCAUCAAACCUUCCCAGGUGCUGGAGGGCGAGGCCGUGAGCCUGAAGAGCUUCGGGUACUCUCUGUCGGGCGGCCUGGACGUGGAUGGGAACCAUUACCCUGACCUGCUGGUGGGCUCCCUGGCCGACACUGCUGUGCUCUUCAGGGCCAGGCCUGUCCUCCACGUCUCCCACGAGGUCAUCAUUGAUCCACGAGCCAUUGACCUAGAACAGCCCAACUGUGCUGGCGGCCACUUGGUCUGUGUGGACAUAAGAGUCUGUUUCAGCUACAUGGCAACUCCCAGCAGCUACAGCCCUACUGUGGCCCUGAAUUAUGUGCUAGACGGGGACACAGACCGAAGGCUCCGGGGCCAGGUUCCCCGUGUGACCUUCCUGAGCCGUGGCCCAGAUGACCCUAAGCACCAGGCCUCGGGCACCGUGAGGCUGAAACACCAGCAUGACCGAGUCUGCGGAGACACCAUGUUUCAGUUACAGGAGAAUGUCAAAGACAAGCUUCGGGCCAUUGUGGUGACCCUGUCCUAUAGUCUGCAGACCCCUCGGCUUCGGCGACAGGUUCCUGGCCAGGGGCUGCCCCCAGUGGCCCCCAUCCUCAAUGCCCACCAGCCCAGCACCCACCGAGCAGAGGUCCACUUCCUGAAGCAAGGCUGUGGUGAAGAUAAGAUCUGUCAGAGCAAUCUGCAGCUGGUCCACGCCCGCUUCUGUGCCCGGGUCAGCGACACGGAGUUCCAGCCUCUGCCCAUGGAUGUGGAUGGGACAACAGCCCUGUUUGCACUGAGUGGGCAGCCAUUCAUCGGCCUGGAGCUGAAGGUCACCAAUUUUCCCUCGGACCCAGCACAGCCCCAGGCUGAUGGGGACGAUGCCCAUGAAGCCCAGCUGCUGGUCAGCCUCCCUGCCUCUCUGCACUACUCAGGAGUGCGGGCCCUGGAUCCUGCGGAGAAGCCCCUGUGCCUGUCCAAUGAGAAUGCCUCCCGUGUUGAGUGUGAGCUGGGGAACCCCAUGAAGAGAGAUGCCCAGAUCGCCUUCUACCUCAUCCUCAGCACCUCAGGAAUCACCAUUGAGACCACAGAGCUGGAGGUGGAGCUGCUAUUGUCCACGAUCAGCGAGCAGGAGCUGCACCCCGUCUCUGCCCGGGCCAAUGUCUUCAUUGAGCUGCCACUGUCCAUUACGGGGGUGGCCAUUCCCCAGCAGCUCUUCUUCUCCGGCGUGGUGCGGGGUGAAAGUGCCAUGCGGUCUGAGCGGGAUGUGGGCAGCAAGGUCAAGUAUGAGGUCACGGUCUCCAACCAGGGCCAGUCCCUCAACACCCUUGGCUCUGCCUUCCUCAACAUCAUGUGGCCCCACGAGAUUGCCAACGGGAAGUGGCUGCUGUACCCCAUGCGGGUGGAGCUGGAGGGCGGGCAGGGCCCUGGGCAGAAGGGACUCUGUUCCCCCAGGCCCAACAUCCUCCACCUGGAUGUGGACAGCAGGGACAGGAGGCGACGAGAGCUGGAGCAGCCGGAGCAGCCGGAGCAGCAGGUGCCUCCUGAGCAGCAGGAGCCUAGCACAUCCUGGUGGCCAGUGUCCUCUGCUGAGAAGAAGAAAAACAUCACCCUGGUGAGGGCAGAAUGGGGGUGUGGGGCAGUUUUGCCCCCCUUUUCCUGCUUGCUUUACAAAGUUUUGUCCUUUAACCAUUCUUCUGUCUCUGAAGUGUGGGGCCGCCUCUGGAACAGCACCUUCCUGGAGGAGUACUCAGCUGUGAAGUCCCUGGAAGUGAUUGUCCGAGCCAACAUCACCGUGAAGUCUUCCAUCAAGAACUUGGUGCUCAGAGAUGCCUCCACAGUGAUCCCAGUGAUGGUGUACUUGGACCCCGUGGCCGUGGUGGCAGAGGGAGUCCCCUGGUGGGUCAUCCUGCUGGCUGUCCUGGCGGGGCUGCUGGUGCUGGCGCUGCUGGUGCUGCUCCUGUGGAAGAUGGGAUUCUUCAAGCGGGCGCGGUACCCCGAGGCCACCGUGCCCCAGUACCACGCGGUAAAGAUCCCGCGAGAAGACCGGCAGCAGUUCAAGGAGGAAAAGACGGGCACCAUUCUGAGGAACAACUGGGGCAGCCCCCGGCGGGAGAGCCCCGAUGCACACCCCAUCCUGGCUGCUGACGGGCACCCCGAGCUGGGCUCCGACGGGCACCCUGUGCCAGGCACUGCAUAGCCUCCUGGGUCCCAGCGUGGCCCGUGUGUCCCCUCCAUCCCUUCCCCAGAGAUGGCGCCUCAGGAUGAAGAGGGCAGAGUGGGCUGCUGGUGUCCCAGCAGGAUUUUCAGGGUCUGUUUCCUCAGAGGCAUAGACCUCUCCCCCCCAAACUUCCCCUUAGAACACUGUGAGAGGAGAGGGGAAAUCAGGAAGAGGGUUGCGGGGUAGGGUGAGAAGGGCGGCGAUGUCCUGAUGCAAGGUGGGCUAAUCUCUCCCGCUCCCAUCCCCCUAGCACAACAGGACCCCAAGGACCCGUCUCCCCAAAAGUGCCUUAGCCCAGAAGGUUGGGGAGGAGGUGGCGUUGCUGACUCAGGGGCUCUUCCCUCCCUCGUCUCCCCUCUCCUCUGACCUUAGUUUGCUGCAUCAAUCUAGUGGAUUUUGUUUAUUUAUUAAAAAAAUAUUU